AUGUGGCGUAUAUCGGCGACGCGACACGGCGGCGGUGGCGAUGAAUGGCCGGUUUAUAACCUAAAAAAGAAACGUAAAUCGUAAUUCGCACUAGAUCGACGACGGGGCGCGCGCGUGCGAUAUGCUAGAGGCGGUCGCCCACGACGAUGGACGACACGUACGAGCUGAAUCUGAAGAACCUGGCCGGCUGGAUCGCGUCCGGCGCGAUGAUCUUCGGCGCGGUCGUGCCCUACGUGCCGCAGUACAAGGAGAUCAAGAGGAAGGAGGACGCCGAGGGAUUCUCCCUCUACGUUUGCCUCACCCUCCUGAUCGCCAACACGCUCCGCAUAUUAUUUUGGUUUGGCAAACACUACGAGCUUCCGCUUUUAUUACAAAGCAUACUGAUGAUUCUAGCAAUGUUCGUUAUGAUUAAGCUUUGUAUUAAUGUACAAAACAGAACGCAGAUAAUCAAAUCCAAAGAGCGCGUACUUACAGAAUUUUUCUACUUCGCAGAUUUGGACGCUAGAUUCUUUUGGAAGUGGACGGACUUCAAGUCCUAUUUGGGCUUCAUGAUUCUGUUCGCCGGUGUGGGUGGUGUAAUAACAUAUUUAUUUCUGGAUGUACCGGUAUUUAUUGAAAUUGUUGGAUUCUUAGCGGUAUUGAUAGAAGCUAUGCUGGGUGUUCCUCAAUUUCUCCGCAAUUCGGCGAACAAGUCGACCGUAGGAAUGAGCAUAGCCAUGGUGGCGAUGUGGACCGUGGGAGAUAUCUUCAAAACGUGCUACUUUGUUUUGAGGGACACUCCCGUGCAGUUUCAGGUGUGCGGUGCUGUUCAAGUCACGAUUGACAUUGCCAUUUUAGCACAAGUAUAUCUCUACAAGACUAGUAAUACUGUACACACGAGAGCUCCAACGAGAUCGGACUGAAGAUUAUCUACGGCGCCGGCGUGUUCAACUGCUGUCUGUUGAAAAUAGAAACUUUCCGAACAGUUACAAUACUUUGCCUAAGUCUGAAUAUACAGAUUUUUAACGUUUUAAUGGUGAUCUAACGAGAUACGAAAAGAAACUAUAUUUUUAUAUGGAUCGUCGCAGAGUAACACGUUUACAUGUAUUUAAGUGUUCUAAUAUUUACCAAAGUGCAGUUAAUAUUUUGAUAACAAUUUUAGCAUUUAUCAAUAUUUAAUAUUUAAAGACAUAUAUUGUUUUAUAAAAUUUGUAUCAUUCAUUGCAUUAGUCACUGCACAUUUGAACAUUUCAUGCCAAAUGUAAUCAUUUGUUCCUCAUUUUACGUUUAAAUACAAUGUUAUAUCUUA